AUGGAGAGUGAAUUUGUGCCAGUAUCGAGGGAGUUCAAAAGUCAAGUUAUUGGAAGGGAUGGAGCCGUUUUAAAUACGAUAAGACAAACCUCUAGGGCGAAGAUCACCUCAACAGAGGGAGACGAGGAAGGAUUUAUAAUAUUCGGGGAUGCAGAACAGAGAGAAAUAGCAAGGAAACUCAUUCUGGAAAAGGUGGAGGAGAUAGAGAUUAAUAAUACUGAGGUAGUAGAAAUUCCAUCCGGAUACACAGGUUUAAUAAUUGGUAGGCAUGGAGCUAAUCUUCGUGAGUUAAGCAACGAAACAGGAGCAGAAGUAACGCGGAAAGACGGAGAAGUGCGUAUUACGAAGGGAACAAAGAAGCAAAGGAUGCAAGUUAAACAGCUUAUUGGAAUAAGAAUUGCUACAGCAAAACUGAGAGGGAUGAGAAAUGAAUUUAACAAUAACUGUGGCUUCAUUGAUGGCUGGAAUCUCUCUGAAAACUGUAAAUUGAAGUUGGUUUUGGUCCCUGGAAAAGAAGGGCAGUAUCGACUGAGACCUUCAAGUGAAGAAGGCCAACUGAAAUCUGUGAGCGAUUCACGUUAUCUGUCUAAACUUCACGAUGCUGUGUUGGAAUCACUCCGUAAAAUGAAAGGCCAUGAAGAAGCAAAUAAUCCUUUAGAAGCUGAUAUUUGGUGUCAUUUUGGAUCGGCUGUGAUCCGCGGACCUAGUGAAGGAGAGUGGAGUAUAGAUGAUGCAACAACAAGGUUAGAAUAUUCUGCCGAUGGAAAUUAUUGGAAGGUUGCAUUUCAAGAAGGCGUGGAUUUCAUAGCAGAUUUAUUCAAGAAAUAUUUCUAUCAAAAUACAGAGAAAGAAUAUCGUGAUUACUCCGCGAGAUUUGACUUAACAUUCGUUACUCCAUGUAGUCAUCAACUGAGAUGCAAGGUCUGGGUAGAAAAUAAGGAUGCUAAGGAGAAGCUGGAAGAUAUCCCAUCCCCAGCCACUUUCGUCAGGAACAUUAUGGAAGAGAUUCACUUUACCGAUGAAUCCACGCGGUCACGAAGUCGAGGCUGGGUGGUUCUCCCAUCACGGAGAUAUUUGCGAGCCAAUAUUUUGUUUCCCGGGUGCGAGUUUGAUUGCAGACUCAUAAUCAACAAACAUGAAGGAAGGGCCAACAAGGUAGAUUAUGCGCCCGAAGAAGAAGUAAUACGUAUGUUAGCAAGAUAUCUCUCUGGGCUGACUUUUACCGAUGAUGACCCGUUUGGCCUACGACUCCCUGAGAAGGAGAUGCCUAGGGGAUUUCAUUUGACUCACAUGCGGCUUGCCAAACGAAAUGUGUACACGUCUAAACCCGGUUUCAGUGUCAUCCUGUCUAGAGAAAAAUCUUGGAGCGCUGAUGUGAAAGAUGGAACAUUCAGAGAAUCGACUGAUGUACACCUACAUUGCGAAGAGUGGGACAGGCUGCUCAGUGGUGGGCAGUGGCAACCAGAGAAUUUAGUGAGAAAGCUACCAGAGUUUCUCGAGUUUGUCAAGGAAGUUCAAUGCUUUGUUGUUGCUGCCUUAAAGAGCAAUGGAGUAGAAAGAAAAGUUCCUCCAGCGAUUCGUGCUCGAGGUCCUUUAGCUUUGGCAACCUACUUAAAUGCCCUAGCCGAUGGUCAAGCUUGCGUCAAGAGAGUGCCUCUAAUGAUAGUUGGACAAGAUCGGUCCGGUAAAACCAGCGUGAAGAAGUCAUUGAAAGGGAUUUGCUUCAACCCUGAUGAAGAUAGCACAUUGGGAAUUGAGAUCGAUCGUUAUCAUUUUAAAGUAACCACUGAAGUAUGGAAGACAGGAGAAAAAGACGAGGACAGCAACACUGAUACUACAGUUAUUUCAUUUGAGCAUAAUGCAGCACGGUGGGUUGCAGACAAAUUGACGACGCAUGAAAAAAUUGCUGAAGUCAAAAGAACAAGCUCAGCCGAGUUAGCUGGCUAUGAAGUAUCUGACACCCCAGAGAAAAGAGAACCCACUAAGACAAGUUACGCAGACCUUCUAGAGCCAUCUAGAAAUCCAGCAUCAACCAAUACCACCGAUGAGGAACCUCAUUUACCAACGAAGGAAGUACGAAAUCCUACAGAAUUAGAACCAGAUGAAGAUUUGCUUACCACCACGCGGGAAAAAUUGCCGGAUUUCGACGAUGUUGCGAAGUUACUUCCCACGCUCCUUCGAGACAACUGGGAAGAUGAUAAAGAAGACAUCUAUUCAAUGAUAUGGGACUUCGCUGGACAGUCAGUGUAUUACGUGACGCACCCCCUCUUUCUCACAAGAAGAGCAAUCUACUUUUUGGUCUAUGACUUGAGCAGAAAUCCAAGAGACAAAGCCACAUCAUUAGUGAAGCAGGGAGUCUAUAGAGAAAUUGAAGAUAAAUGUAAUCUGAAAACGAACUUAGAUUACUUAGACUUUUGGAUGAGUUCUUUGGCUGCCUUAGGGAGUGAUUGCCAACAAGUGGACCGCGAAAAUUUAGUGUCAUUGAAGAAAUUUCCCGCCGUUUUCCUGGUGUGCACACAUGCUGAUCAGCCCUAUUGCGAUCGUAAUCCAUUUGAACUAGCCAAUGAAAUAUUUGGCGACUUAAAGAACAAGCCAUAUGGUGCCCACUUGUUUGACGUGUUUUGUGUUGAUAACACAAAGUCAGGCACUGAAUCCGAAUGUAAAGAAAUCAUGCGCUUAAGAAAGGACGUACAUGAUGUUUCUAAAGAGUUACCACACGUAACCGAGGCUAUUCCGAUCAAGUGGUUGAAAUACGAAAAGGCAUUUCGCGUCCUUAAGGAAAAGGAUCACAAGUUCAUCUCCCUCUCGACAGCGAAAAAAAUCGCUUCGAAGAUUUGUAUCAUUAACGACAACGAAGUACAGACAGUGCUUACCUUUUUGCACGAUCUGCGAGUUUUGAUUCACUUUGACGACUCUCCAGAAUUGAGUGAGUUAGUUACUUUGGAUAUUCAGUGGUUGAUUGACGUGUUCAAGAAUGUAAUAACCGUCAGGGCCUAUCACGAAGAGAGACACUUUGCUCCUCUUUGGGAAAAACUCGAGAAAAAAGGAAUCUUGGAAGAAAACCUCCUCAAACAUGUUUGGAACUCUUUGGUUCCUCAGAAAAAAACCCACGGAAGUCUUAUUGCGAUUAUGGAAAAAUUCAGCUUGAUGUGUCCUUGGCCAUCAUCAGAUGACUUGUGCAACAAACAUUACUUGGUGCCAUCUAUGUUGCGAACACUUCCACCAAAGCAGAUAAGUGAUCUAGUAGACUCUGCCCAACUCCCCUCUCUUUUCCUCAAAUUUGAUACAGGUCGGGUCCCGCCUGGCUUAUUUCCCCGACUUGUGCUGGAAUUUUUUCAGUGGUGUAGAAAGGAAUUUCCCGGCGUGGAUCUGCCCAAAACUUAUAAAAAUUUUGCCAGAUUCCAUAUCUUUCCGAGUCAUGGUCUCUCCCUGGUUCUCCUUUGCCACUCUUCCACAAUUGAGGUGGUUGUCCUCAGUGUAAAAAGUGCUACUGAUGUGGUCGAUGUGGACUCAAUUCGAGCUUUUCGUAACCAGCUAACCUCGAUCAUUGAUCGGGUGUGGAAAAAAUUCUUCUGGGUGAAGAACAUCAGAUGCGAAGUGAGUUACCUUUGUCCUGUUUGUUCCUAUGGACGCGUGGCAAGCUUCUGCCCACAACAUCACGAGGAAAGUUGUAAGCAAGAGGAAUGCCUUCAUUUCAUUCCAGAGUCAGAUUUAAGCAAUGAAAAGCAGGUCGUGUGUACCAACUCUGUAACUGCUUUGGAUAACAGGAUUCAUGCCGAACAGUUUGCUCCUUGGAUUUCUUCUGGUAAGGAAAAGGUAAUAAAAAUGUUUUUUUCCUGGCAUGAAUUAGUAACAUACUCGAUUAGUGGAAACGAGGAGACAUCAAUGAUACCUUGCAAAUCUGUAACAUCCGUUCAGCUACAACCACAAGUAGGCGUUGAAAGCGACGGAAAACUGGUUCCUUUUGCACAAAGGAAUGGAUACGAAUCUCUUGUUUUGCCUCACAAAGUUAGCGAAUCUCUCCAGUUAACAUCGGACCCCCCAAAAGAGGUUAUAGAUAAAUUGCUUCACAAUCUACAACUUGAUGAUGCCUCACUGGAAGAUCCGAAACCUGAAACUGAGAAAUGGAUCCGUUGCCUCACGAGGAACGCUAAAGAUCGUGGCAGGACUGAUGUUGUUAAGUAUUUAAGAGAAAUCAUGCCAGCAGGGACAGCAGGUCCAAUGCUACGCGACACACUCCUUGUCCAAGAUAUUCCAAAGACUCAGCUAAAAGACCUGACAGUUACUCUCAGCGGUCGAGACGAUUGGGAGCUAUUUGCAGAGAAACUGGGACUGACCCCUGCGGAGAUACGUUUUUUGGACAAGCGCACAAUGAACCAAGUGUUGGAAGUUUUGGUUUUCGCUGCAAAAAAAUAUCUCAUAACUGUUGGAGAUCUUUAUGACGUUUUGAAAGACUGUGGGCUGCCUAUCAUUGCUGACAUUCUUUGAAACCGGUAGUUGUCUUCCACUUUGACGGAUCUGAUAGCAACUGACUCAAUCAUCAAGUAAUUGAACGGGGAUUGCAAAUUUUACUCCGUUAAAUGCGGCCCUCAAUUAAAAGCCGCUAAUUUAGGAGAAGAACUCAAAACAGAGGGAUCGUUAUAGAGAAACACCUUAAACAUGCUUGGAGUCCUUUGAAUGCUCUGAUAAAAACGCACAAAAACCUGAAGCGAUUUUAGGGACAUUCAGCUUGUUGCGUCCGGUAUAAUGAGCGCAUGAUAGGUGCAACAAGCGUACUUGGUGCCAUUUAUGCUGCAAACGAAUUCGCCUGAACAUAUUAGAUAUCUCGUUGAAUCUACACAAAGUACCUCGGGUCUCCUCAGGUUCAAUUCCAAGACUUGCAUUAAAAUUCUCUUUACGGUAUAGAUGACAAUUUCCUCGUCUAGCGCCGUCUAAAUUUUAAUAAUUGCCUCACCAGGUUUUACAUUUUCCCGUAUCAAGGCCUCCUUGUGUUUCUCCACUGCCGCUCUUCUGUGAUUGAGAUUAUUAUACCGAAAGGAAAGGGAUAUCGAUACGGAUGACAUGGCCUAAAUCUAAGCUUUUUACAGCUAGCGAACCUUGAUGAUAGACUACGUGUGGUGUAAGUUAUUAUGGGUGAAAUCUAUUAGAUGUGAAGUGUUUCUUAUGUCCAUUCUGUUCUCAUGGACGCGUAGUCAGCUUCUUCACACAACAUCAAAAAGGAAAUUGUAGCAUGAGGAAUGCCUCCACUUUAUUUCAGAGUCAGAUUUACGAA